AUGGUCGUGCCGGCAGAGAGAGGGUAUUACCGCUUUGUGGUUCUCUUCUUCAACUGCAUGCUCACCUUUGGCUCCUAUUUCUGCUUUGACAUUCCCAGCGUUCUGCAGGACCAAUUCCAAGGGAACCUGACAUGUAAUGGUACUCAGCCAAAUGGCACGCACAGAAAUGGUAGCACUGGCUGUGUGGAGGGGCUGGGCAUGACUCCAGAACAAUAUAAUCUGCUGUACGCUAUAUACGCCUGGACUAAUGCCUUGGUUGUGAUCCUGGCUGGAUUCCUAAUCGACAAACUAGGGAACAGAUUUGGGCUUUUCCUGUUUUCCUUCCUGACUGUCCUGGGCUCUUCCAUUUUUGCGCUGGGAUCGCACUUUAAAGGAACCCCCUACUUGCUACCUCUGAUGUUAACUGGACGCUUGUUGUUUGGCUCUGGGAAUGGAUCACUGACAAUUGUACAGAAUCGUAUCACAGCCUUUUGGUUCAGAGGCAAAGAGCUGGCACUGGCCUUUGGUCUGACCCUAUCAUUCUCCCGCUUGGGUAGUGUUCUCAACUUCUUCCUCACCCAGAGGUUUGAAGAACACUUUGGAAUCCAGUGGACGCUUUGGGGAGGAACCAUUUUAUGUGUCCUGGGUUUCUGUUCUGCUGUUACUGUCAGUGUAUUAGAUAAAAUGGGCAUGAAACAGUUGGGUCUUGAUGGAGCCAUCCAAGAAGAGUCCAAGAAAGUUCGAGUGCAGGACAUUCGGCAAUUACCUCUACGAUACUGGCUGCUGGUCCUCACCAUCAUGUUCUUCUAUAAUGGUGUCUUUCCAUUUGUGGCAGAUGCCAGCAAAUUCAUUCAGGACAAAUACCCAGGAUACGACCAGCAGACGGCAUCCUAUAUUGCAGGAGCUGUGUAUGACAGUUCUCUGGUACUAUCGGCAAUUGUGGGGAUACUGAUUGACUAUGUUGGCAUGAGAGGGAUCCUGGCUGUCCUCUGUGCAGUCCUGACGUUGCCAGUCUUUGCUCUCCUGGCUUUUACCUUCGUUCCUCCGCUGGUCUCCACCCUGUGGCUUGGGGUGACAUAUUCCUUUGCUGCGGCCAGCAUGUGGCCCUCUAUCCCUCUUGUGGUCCCACAAGCUACCCUUGGAACAGCCAUGGGCCUGGCUACCUCUGUGCAGAUGAUUGGUAUUGGACUUUCUAAUCUUAUUGUUGGCAGAAUCCUUGGAACUAAAUCCAGUGAAUCUAAGAUCCCAUUGUGGCGCUGGCAGCAGAUGAUGAUAUUCAUGUUGGCAAAUACCAUUGGUUGUAUAGUGACGUCUGUGUCCUUAAACAUAGUGGAUAAGAAACAGGGAGGCACACUGAACAAGACGUCAAAGCGAAGACCUCAGGCGGAGCCCGAAUCCAGAGAUGAAGCUGACAGAACACCUAUCCUGAAUGACGAGGAUGACCGCAGCUCUAUCAACUAA